AUGUCGUUCGGUGCCAAGGGCGCCCUCGCCUACUUUUACUUCCAAUAUACCAAGGACUUCGACUUCUGGCCCUCGCGUGGUGUGCCCGGACCAAAGCCAAAGCUACCCUGGGGCAACGAAUUCGGGAUACCUUUCGCCAAGCCUCUGUACGAGCUGGAGCAAUGGCUCUAUUACAAGCACGGCGGUAAAAAGUACUGCGGCUACAUGGAGAUGAAAAGGCCGGUGCUCUUCGUCGGUGAUCCGGACCUGAUCCGGGCCAUCACUAUCAAAGACUUCGAGUGCUUUACCGACCGGCGAGGUGUGAACAACCACAAGCACCUGGAGGAGGCGCUGACCUCGAAGAAAGGGGCGCAGUGGAAGGAGACAAGGGCCGUCAUGUCACCCACCUUCUCUGCCAGCAAGUUGAAAGCGAUGCACGAGCUGACGUUAAACAACGCCCACAAUCUUGCCAAGUACGCCCUGGAGGAGAUGAAGCGGCAGGGCGAGGUGGAAAUAAAGGACGCGUUCGGCCGCUUCACCAUGGACAACAUUGCAUCCUGUGCGUUUGGCGUAAACUGCAACUCUUUCGUCGACCCCAACUCCAGGUUUGUGGUGGAGGCGGCCAAGUUGACCCAGCCCAGCCUGCUGGGUAUUUUACGCGUCGUUUUUAGUCUGCUGUUACCGAGGCGCCUCGCUUUAAAACUUCCCGAUCCGUUGGCAGGCGCGCUCUCCUUCCUUGCUGACGUCGUGAAUGAAACUAUCAGGCACCGAGAGGAGCACUCCAGCACCGUGAAAGACUUCCUGAAUCUCCUGCUGGAGACCAAGGACAAAGACGGAAACCGCGUGCUCAGCAACCACAGCAUUCUGAGCCAGUCGGUGCUGUUCCUGAUCGCGGGGUACGACACGACAGCAACGGCGCUGACGUUCGCCGCCUACAGCCUGGCCACCAGUCCUGAUGCGCAGCAGCGGGCACAACAGGACGUGGACGAUGCCCUGGCCAAACACGGCGGCCACAUGACGUACGAAGCCGUGAUGGAGAUGACGUACCUGGACCGGGUCCUGCUGGAGGCGCUGCGCCUCUACCCGCCGGCCACGCGCAUCGAGCGCAUGGCGACCAAGGACUACACGCUGCCGGGCACGAACGUGCACCUCCCGAAGGGCAUGGUGGUGCAAAUGUCGGUGUUUUCCAUCCACCGCGACCCGGACCAUUAUCCGGACCCGUUGCGCUUCGACCCGGACCGCUUCCUGCCCGAGGAGAAGGAGAAGCGCCAUCCAUGCGUCUACCUGCCGUUUGGCAGCGGGCCACGCAACUGUAUCGCCAAGCGGUUUGCACUGUUCGAAGCAAAGGUGGCGCUGGCUGCACUGCUUAGGGAGGCGACGCUGCUGCCGACGGAGGGCCUGCCUCCGCCGCCCAUGCCGCUGGACAGGAAGAGGUUCAUCCUGACGCCUCAGGGCAAGAAGAUGCCGCUGAAGCUGGUCCCCAGGGACAACAGUCGCUAGGGGAACGUCUGGAGCCCGUCCACCUGCAACGAAAGCUUCUAAUGCUAAUCCGAGGCUAUUUUCACGCGGGAGUGGGUUCACCCGGCGCCGCGGCAGGUCUUGCUCGCUUUGUUCGAGAGCACUAGAUAAGGCCUUUUCAAGCUUGGUGCCCUUGCUAGCCAUCAAGUUGAUACAAUCGAAAUGAAAUACAAUCAAGGAUACAUUACAAUGAUAUGUUAUUCCAAACGCAAUCGAAAUACAAUUC